AUGGACCAGAGCGAUAUAUCAGACAUUCGGUCAGGAUCUCAACGCCAAUUCAUUAGCAAAAGGCAACAUAACUCCUUGCCAAGCUCGAGAAAUGGUCAUAUCUCCGACAGAAAGAGGCAGUUUCACGGCGAAAAUUUCCACCCCAGGGGCAUCCGAUUAAGGAAGAGUCUAGAUACGAGGGGACCGAAUCCACUAAAUGAAAUAAUAAUGGCAAAAAAUGGGCGAACUCCAAACCUGAGGAACCACAUGGGUGAAGAAAGAUCCCGCUUCUGCAAGGCCGUGGUGCAAGCAAACACGAUGAAUCAGCGCUCCAACGCGUGA